AUGGCUCUUCCCCAUUUCACUCAUUAUCUCAAGUUUCGCGCGCUGAGGAUAUUUCUUUCAAGCUUGUUUGUAUGGCUCUUAUUAUUCCAGCUUUGCCGAUCGAAAUUCUGGCGCGAUCCACACUCUGCCUUCUUCAAGGAAGACCAUGUGUAUGAGAUGGACUACAGGCUUUAUCGGGAGCGCGAAGCAUGGCAUUUCCUAUCUCGACACAAUUCUGAUCUCAACCCCCCGCCCUAUGUCAAGUCUGAUCGCACAUCUUCUGUUUGUGUAGCAAUUGUCACGGUUCGACGACACUUGGAUGACUAUUUUGAGGCAACUCUUGGUUCAUUGCUUGAGGGAUUGGACGAAAGAGAGAGAAGGAAACUAUAUCUUAGUGUACUAAUUGCUGAUACAGAACCGAGGGUACACCCUAGCUGGGGUCAGAACUGGGUAGAGAGGCUCACUGACUCGGCUACAACUUACAAUGUAUCGAAUGAGCAACUCAAGCAUUUACAAACCCUGGAAAGGGAAAAGAACUUUUAUGAAAAAGGAGUAUUUGACUACGUAUAUGCACUACGAACCUGUCAGCAACUGAACGCUUCCUACACUAUCAUCUUCGAAGGCGAUAUCAUCCUUGCUACAGCAUGGCUCUCGAGAACGUUGAAGGCUUUGGCGGAUAUUGCCCGGCUCGAACGACAGUCAGGGAAGCCCUGGAUCUAUCUCCGACUCUUUUAUACCGAGACGGCAUUGAGUUGGACAAGCUCAGAUUUUGCGUAUAGGAAUAUGCCACUUGUCUUUGGGAUUUUGAUACUGUCUGGAUUAACAUGCUUGGUUUUUCUUCACCGCUCUCGCUUCACGCAAUUUCACUUAGAUCCUACUAGCAUAGUGGUCAUCUCAAUGGUUUGCAUUCCAGCAUUCACUGCACUUGUCUACAUGGUCGGCAAGUACAACUUGAUGCCCCCUUCACGGGGUCAUUGA